GGCUCCGGGGGCGGAAUGCUGCUGCCGACGCUGGUGACGUGCCUCGCCGGGUGCGCCUUCCUCCUCUCCCCGGGCAGCGAGGGCUGCGGGCCGGGCAGAGGCUACGGCAAGAGGCGCUCGCCGCGGAAGCUGGCGCCGCUCGCCUACAAGCAGUUCAGCCCCAACGUGGCGGAGAAAACCCUGGGGGCCAGCGGGAGGUACGAGGGGAAGAUCACCCGGAACUCGGAGCGCUUCAAGGAGCUCACCCCCAACUACAACCCCGAUAUCAUCUUCAAGGACGAGGAGAACACAGGUGCAGACCGCAUGAUGACACAGCGCUGCAAAGACAAGCUGAACUCUCUGGCCAUCUCGGUGAUGAACCUCUGGCCCGGGGUCCGGCUGCGGGUCACUGAGGGCUGGGACGAGGACGGCCAUCACUCGGAGGAGUCGCUGCACUACGAGGGCCGGGCGGUGGACAUCACCACGUCAGACCGUGACCGGAACAAGUACGCCAUGUUGGCUCGACUGGCGGUGGAGGCCGGCUUUGAUUGGGUCUACUACGAGUCCAAAGCCCACAUCCACUGCAGCGUCAAGUCAGACCACUCAGUGGCGGCAAAGUCUGGAGGCUGUUUCCCCGGUGACUCCAUGGUAACGGUGGCCGGCGGCGCUCAGAAGCCCAUCAGCGACCUGCGACCCGGGGAUCGAGUCUUGGCGUCUUCAGGCGGCGAUGGCAGCGGCGAGCUGGUGUUCAGCGAAGUCCUGACCUUCCUGGACCGGGACCCGGAGACCCGGAGACUCUUCUACAGCUUGCAGACAGAAUCCGGGGCUGAGCUCCACCUCACCGCCGCCCACCUGGUGUUCGUGUCUGAGGGGAACUGCUCAGAGGGGGCGGAGCCGACCCGCGGCGCCCUCAGGACUGCGUACGCCAGCGACACCCGGCCGGGACAGUGUGUGCUGGUGUCAGAGGGCGAGGCGGGUCGGACGAACCGGGAGGGCCGUCUGUCCCGGAUCAGCCGGGUCGGCGUCACGGAGAGGACGGGGGCGUUCGCACCGCUGACCCAGCAGGGGACGCUGGUGGUGCACGGCGUGGUGGCGUCCUGCUACGCCGUGGUGGACCAGCACGCCCUGGCCCACUGGGCCUUCGCCCCGCUGAGGCUCAUGCACAGCUGGACCGGAUCCGUCGGGCGCCACCGCGACGGGAUCCACUGGUACUCUCAGCUUUUACACUGGCUGGGCGAGAAGCUGCUGGACUCAGGACGUCUCCAUCCGCUGGGCGUCGCUCAGGGCGACAGGUGAGGAUGGAAGCAGGAAAAAACUAACAGAAAGCCACAAAUCCAAACCUGAACAGAACCGAGAGCAACCUCCAGGAGAUGCUGAGGCUCCUGAUGGGAGGUUUUCAGCAGGAAAAAGGGAACUGUGACGUGACACAGACCAGUUUUUCCAAAAUAAUAGAAAGAACAAUGUGGAAACAGAAAACAAGCAGAUGUUUUUAUCACUUUUGAAGUACUAUGAAGCACCAAACCCUUAAAACUCUACUCUUAAAACACCUAAAGUUUAAAAUACAGGGGGUCCUUGACUUACAUCGGAGUUCCGUUCCUACGGAUCGACGCAAGUCGAGUUUAAAGUUGGAACUCCGGCAAAAAUGUAAACAAAACCGUUACAUCAUUACGAUAUCGAUCAGUUCUUCGGAAACGUCAUGUUCCAAGCGCUUAAUUAUGUCUAAUUUCACUUCCAUGGAGACGGCUUUCCCUUUCUUCCAAGCAUCAGAAGAGUCUGAUUUAUGUUUGGGAACCAUAAUGAAGGGCAAAAAGUUAGUGAAUGUAGCACAAUCCAAGGUGGAGUACAACCGGAGAAAGUAAACAAAGCCGUCUUAUAGCGACGUAUUCGUCCACUGUUCUACCCAAAUAGUUUCACAUAACCAGUUCCAACAAAGCGCCGUAGGUCGAGGACGCCGUAAACCGAGGACCAUCUGUAAGAUUUACAAGAGUUGGUCUGAGAUAUUUCUAUAAUAAUCCUUGUAUUUUAUAGGUUUAAAGCAUAUUUAUUAGAAAUUAAUUGAUAAAUUAAUGAAAAGCAGUUAAUCAGUGUCCUUCAUUUAAUGGAUUAGGAGUAAUUUAUGUCACACUUUAAGGACUUUCAGGUUGUAAAUUAAGAAAUUACAUUAUUUGGUUCUUUAAAUGUCUUUUAUUCCCUUCAAAGCAUCUAAAAUUUGCAAAUAAAUUAUAGAUUACAAUCAAUAAAUAUUGUUGUUACUUCAUUAGAAAUGGUUCGAUUAAUGGAAAAUUUUAUAAAAAUGUGUUUAAAUACAUUUUCUGCAUAAUUUAAGGUUAAUUUAUGAAGUCAAACUGCCGUCAAAUUGACCAAAAGCCAUGAAAGCAUCACUUCUCAUGUCUACUGUAAAUGUGUCUUUAAUAGUUUGGUCACUAAAGUAAUUUAAUAAAACACUAUUUUCCGAAAUUUAAUCUUUUAAUACUGAGUAAGAAUGCCCUUAAAUUUUAUUAAUUUGUACCUGAGCUCGAAUCAAAGUUCCAACUUUAAUGUCACCUUAAAUUAAUGUUUUAUUGCAACGUAAAUGUAAAUUAAGGUAAAACUGUUGGUUAUUUUUCAUGUUUUUAUCCUAUAACAACCCCUUAAACUGUGCUGACAUUCCAUUGAAUUCACACUUUAACAAUCAUCAAAGCAUUCAGUGACUUUAAGGUAGAUUAGUGAGAUUUUAAGGUGGAAUUUUAAGGGAUUUGGGUUCAUAGUGACGUCCACAGGGAUGCUGUGCUCUUUGUAAAAGAAGAAAUGUUGUUUUUCUUCCAACAAAUGUAUGUAACGUACUGCUUUAAUACAGAGAUUUUAGAAGAAAUGAUAGAGUAUUUAAGUAUUGUUUGUUUACAGAAAAUCCAAUAUGAAGUUAUUAUUAUUAUUGUUAUUAUGGGUGAAGAGAUUUAUUUUUGAAAUUAAAUUAUAUGGAAAUGA